AUGGCCUCGCCUCAUUUCCUCAUAGCUGGCCUGGGCAACAUCACACAUCCUAUGACACGGCAUAGUAUAGGACAUUACAUUGUAGAUGCACUCGCGUCUCGACUCGGCAUCCGUCUCUCUUCAGAUAGAGCGGGCUACGCUGCAAGAACCGACGUCCAAAUCGGCCCGGACACGGUCACUCUCACCCUGUUCAAGCCAAAGGCCCUGAUGAAUAUCUCUGGUCAGCCUGUUGUCCAGACGCUGCAGAAUACUGCGAUCAAGCCCGAAAACCUGAUUGUCGUUCACGACUCACUUGACCAUAAGCCAUGCACGCUCUCGCCCAAGUUCGGCGGCUCUGCAAAUGGUCACAACGGCGUGCGCAGUGUCAUUGCCGCAUUGGGAGGCGAAGCGGCCUUUCAUCGUCUCCGCGCUGGCGUCGGCAGGGACGGUGACCCCGCGGACUACGUACUCGGUCCGCUAUCCCCCCAGGAACGACAGUUCUGGGGCCCCAACGGCAGCGGCGCGGAUCUGGUAUGGAGGGAGCUGACCAGGGUAAUAGAAAAGAGCCUGAAGUCACGAUAA